AUGACUGAUCUCUGUCCCGUAUACGCGCCAUUCUUCGGCGCCAUGGGCUGCACAGCUGCCAUCGUCUUCACUUGUUUCGGUGCUGCAUAUGGAACUGCUAAGUCUGGUGUUGGUAUUUGCGCAAUGGGUGUUCUCAGACCUGACCUGAUCGUCAAGAACAUUGUCCCAGUUAUCAUGGCUGGUAUUAUUGGUAUCUACGGUCUCGUUGUCUCAGUUUUGAUUUCCGAUGGGCUUAAACAAGAGCUCGCAUUAUAUACUGGUUUCAUUCAACUUGGUGCUGGUCUUAGUGUCGGUCUCGCUGGUCUGGCUGCUGGUUUCGCUAUUGGUAUUGUUGGUGAUGCAGGUGUGAGAGGAACAGCUCAACAACCACGUCUCUUCGUCGGAAUGAUUCUUAUUUUGAUUUUCGCCGAAGUUUUGGGUCUAUACGGAUUGAUUGUUGCUCUUCUCAUGAACUCAAAGGCAUCUCUGGAUGUUUCUUGCUAA